CCAACCUCUAGCCCUUGCUUUAUAUGAACACACACCAUUCUUCACUUUGGUUUCAUUGCCACCAUUGUACGCUAAUUCUGGCAUUGGAGAGAUGAGUGGGAAAAUGGGAAGAAGAAUGAGUUGUUUCUCUUGUUGUGGAGAGGAAGUGCAGCACCGUGCUGGUUCCCUUAAGGAGAGUGCUUAUGACAUUGGCGGCAAUGAAAAUAAUAGCAAUGGGAAAUCAUUGAGGUCUUUGGCCAAUAAUUUGUCGGCCAAAACAGGUAGUGGCAAGCAGAAAAUAGCUGAAGAGAUUCAAAAAGUUGGAAAAGCUAAAGUUUCAGCUCAUAUUUUCACAUUUAGAGAACUAGCUGUUGCUACAGACAACUUCAAUCCUGAUUGUCUGAUAGGAGAAGGGGGAUUUGGCAGGGUCUACAAAGGGUACAUAGAGAACAUUGACAAAAUUGUGGCCGUGAAGCAGCUCGAUAGGAAUGGAAAGCAAGGAAGCAGAGAAUUCUUCUCGGAGGUUCUAAUGUUAAGUCUGGUUAACCAUCCGAAUCUUGUGAAUCUGAUCGGCUAUUGUGCGGAUGGGGAUCAAAGGAUUUUAGUUUAUGAAUACAUGGCUAAUGGGUCUUUGGAAAAUCAUCUUCUUGAUGUACCUCCAGGUAAGGAGCCAUUGGAUUGGAAUACCAGGAUGAAAGUAGCUGAAGGAGCUGCGAAAGGGCUAGAAUACCUACAUGAUUUUGCCGAUCCGCCCAUAAUUUAUCGUGAUUUUAAAGCGUCAAACAUAUUACUAGAUGAGAACUUCAAUCCCAAACUGUCUGAUUUUGGACUUGCUAAGUUAGGACCUACCGGAGGGAAGGACCAUGUAUCGACCAGGGUCAUGGGGACAUAUGGCUAUUGUGCUCCGGAGUAUGCAAUGACAGGCAAGCUCACAACAAAAUCUGAUAUUUACAGUUUCGGCGUAGUGUUUCUGGAGCUCAUCUCGGGGAGGAGAGCUAUUGAUAUUGAAAGGCCGGAAGAAGAACAGAAUCUGGUUGCUUGGGUAGAGCCAUUACUUAAGGAUAGGCAGAAGUUCAAGAUGAUUGCGGAUCCACUGCUCCAAGAGAACUACCCUGUAAAGGCUCUUUACCAAGCUCUUGCAGUUGCAGCAAUGUGUCUUCAGGAGGAUGCUGAUAGCCGGCCAUUGAUCGGUGAUGUUGUAACUGCGGUUGAGUUUCUUGCUAAGCAAAAGGACAACGAAAAAAUUGCUGCAGAAUCACAAAAUAAGCAAUGGCUUGCAUGUUAAUUCCGUGAGAGAAGGAAGUUUCAAAAGAGACUGUGACUUGUAGCCACCGUAGCCGGGGUGAACGACCUUGAAGAUUAAAGAAAUUGCACAACUGAACCAAUUAAAAUCGGAACGUAAUCGUCGUCGAGAUACAUAUAGAUAUAUUUAAAUUUUUUAAAGUUGGAGAGUAUAUUUGGAUGAUCACAUCGCUGUAUUAUUGUUCGAAUAUGUCUUAGAGAUGAGUGUACAAGGAAAAGUAAAAACUAAGGGGCUGCUUGUUUACUUCAGAAUGAUUAAGCGUUGAAUGAUUCAAAUGUUGAAUGAUUCAUAGGCUUUAGAUGAAUUAGCUCUUAAUAUGACAUGCUGUUUGUUUACUGGCUCUGAAUCAUUUAGAAUGUACUUCUGUGCUGAAUCAUUCAGUACUGUU